GUCUUUUACCUGUACUUUGAACUUUUUUUUUCUUCCACCACUCUAAUCCUCUCUUUAUCAUCUUCUUUUUUUUCUUGUAUUCGACCCUCUUCUUCUUCUUCCGUUAUCAUGUCUUCACGCUCUCGCACGCCCUCUCCGCGGAGUUCAGAUAUUUCCAACGAUGUCCCGCGAUUCAGCAUCAACUCCAACCUGAUGAAUUACUCCAUGCCCAAAAACGAUCAAAAGUUAUCGGUGAACAUGGACAGCCGAGCAAAACGAGAAAUUCAAGAAGGCGAUACUCAUACUCGCGACAAGCAAUUAGAAGCCCAGAUUGAAGCGUUGACGCUGCAAAAUGUUAAAUUAAUGAGGAUCAACCGAUUACUUAAAGUGGAUACAGAUAAUUUGAUCGACCAAAAAACGCAACCCCUCACACAGACCAUUCGCGAAUUAACACUUACCAACGUCAAGCUGCAACGCACCGCUCGAUUACUGGAACAAGAUUUGGACGAAAAGAAAUCCGAACUUCGUAAAUAUCAAGAAGAACAAAUUGCUCGCAUGAAAUCGGUGGGACCAGAGUACGAAUAUCUUGUACAAAUGGUCAACCUUUUACAUCGACAGAUCAACGGCCAAGCAACAUGUGAUGAUACAUGCUGCUAUACAAUGAAGCCUAUCGACGAAUCGACCGUAGUGAUGACACUGCCACCGGACGAUCAGGAGCAAGAAAUGGAAGCACAGCAUAUUUGUCGUCCUGUGAUUCAUUCUUCCGUUUCCCAAGGAUCUUACGCUGUGGAAUUGGAAAAUAAGAUUGCGAGACUGGAACAUAUCAUUGAGGAAUUGGAGACUGAGAAAGAAGACAUAUUGCGUCAACAUUCAUACAAGGAUAAUGAUGUGGAAAUGCUGAAACAGGAACUGCUUCUGAAAGACGAAAUUGUAUCGCAACUGGAACAAGAUUUCCUUCAGCUUGAAAACCACUUGGAAAGAAUGAAAUUGUCCUCCUCAGCGUCGCAUCAUCAUCCACCUUACGCUGAGGAAGAACAACAUACCCACCAUCAUCCGCAUACCAUCCGUGACCCGAAACGACAAUCGCAGCUGUUGAUGGAAUCCAAACGACGAUCGCUGGCGAUCAAAGAUACCGACAUGUUGGAGCAUAUGUUACGAGGCGAUCUUGUAGGAGGAUUCAAAGACCAUCAUGAAGCACAUAAUGAAACCGAUGAUGAUAGUUCGUGCUUGGACUCUGAUCAGGAAACUAAACUGACGACGCCAUCUCGGUCGCUGAGUCCCGAAGACCGCAAGCGAAAAGUUUAUUCCUUCUUAUCUCACGGCGUACUUCCAUGCGCGUAUCCGUCUGAAAUGGGAACCGCCGUCAUUUUGGAAAAAGAUCCUUUGGUCCCACUGACAUGCAUGACCUUCUUACUCGGUGCAGCAGCUCAGUUUGGUAUCACCGACGACUGGACAGUUCCCUUUACCUUGGCCGUGGUCGUAUCCAGUUUUCUGUGGUCAGGCGGAGCGGCAGGCCUUCAACUCAACUUCAAAGCUUCAAAGUAAACCUUGUACCUCUUUAGUUUCCCUGUCACACCUCCCUUUUCUCUCAUAUUUCUACAUCUCCAAAAUUCCCACCACCAUUGUUCAUAUACUAUCCCCAAUUAACCUUUUGUAUCGCUUUAUCAUCUCUGCCUUGUUCCAUCAACUUUUUUUUUUUUUUU